UUCCUGGACAAAUAUUUCCGAGACCCGAACUGUCCCUCGCUCAUCUCGCCCUCUCUCUCACUUGGUCUCUCUCUUCCCGUAGCCUUCCUCCUCAUCCUCUCUCUCUUCCCAACCCAAACCUUAAUCCUCCUCCACUCCAGCCGACUCUCCUUCUCAGCUCAGCUCGCACAAGGCUUUCCCGCCCAAUCGCCCAUCAGUUUCUCCGACCGCCGCUCGAUUUAGUUCAUGUGAUAUCUGGUGUUAAACCGAUGAAAAAGAAGUUCAUAAUGGAACUUCAGAAGGAUCAGAACGUCGUAGCAAUGGUUGGUGAUGGAAUUGAUGCUGCAGCAUUGGCUUCAUCGCAUGUUGGAAUUGCCAUGGGUGGUGGUGUUGGAGUUGCUAGUGAGGUGUCUUCUAUUGUGCUAUUGGGCAACAGACUUUCACAGUUACUUGAUGCCUUGGAGCUGAGCAGGCUAACUAUGAAGACUGUGAAGCAAAAUCCUGAUGUCCGGUCUUCAAAUCCUGAUGUCAGCACUUGAUCUUGCUCCACCCUUGACCUCCCAGCCACUUCGCCCAGUCGAUACCCAGUAGCUUGAUGUAUCAAACCUAGAAGAUAGUUAUUGUAGUUUUUUCUAUUUUUGUUCGGACAUCUUGUAUGUACAUUUUCAUACGCAGAGCUUUGUGCGACGCAACCUAAUUCUUCGUUGCGCAAAUUGUUUUUUUUUAAUAGUAUGUACAUUUUCAUAUAUUUUACAAUUAAAUACUUUUGCUUGGUUAA